UGGAAUGGCGAGAAUGAACGAAUGGGACGUCGCAGCAUCUGCAUUCCAACCACCCCGCGCGGUUGCCAACGCCACCCCACCUUCCUCCUCUUGGAGAGGUGCCCCAAAACCCUGUCCGCCUUCAACCAACUCCACGCCCACUUCAUCACCACCGGCCUUGCCCGCCACACCUACCCCCUCUCCCGCCUCCUUCUCCUCUUCUCCUCGCUCCCCUCCCCUCUCCCCUCUCUCCCCCACGCCGCCGCCCUCCUCUGCCAGCCUCUGGUCUCCUCCUCCUCCCCCUCCCCCUUCCUCCCCAACACGCUCGUCUCUUCCCUCGCCGACGUCGGCCGUCCCCACCUCGCCCUCUCCCUCUACUCCCGGGUCCUCCUCCUCCAGCCCCACUCCCCCAAGCCCAACAACCACACCUUUCCCUCCCUCCUCAAGGCCUGCGCCGCCGCCGGCCCCUCGUGGGUCCCAGUCGGCCGCGCCCUUCACGCCCACGUCGUCAAGUUCAUCGGCCACGACUCCGUCGACCACUUCGUCCGCGCCGCGCUGCUCAGCUUCUACUCCCGCUGCGGGGACGUGUCAUCUGGCCGCCGCUUGUUCGACCGCAUUCCAAACCCUGACCUGCCCGCUUGGAAUUGCAUGCUCUCGGCCUAUGCUCGGUGCUAUAGCGACGUCGAGGAUGCUGAUUCCGGCAUGCAGACCUUGUUUCUCUUCCGAAAGUUGCAGCUUUCCUCCACGUUUAGGCCGAACGAGAUCACGCUCGUGGCCUUGAUCGGUGCUUGUGGUGAUCUGGGAGCCCUAGGCCAGGGUAUCUGGGCACAUGCCUACAUCGAGCAGAAUCAUUUAAUCAUGAACCAGGUCGUGGCUACGGCUUUGAUCGAUAUGUAUGCAAAAUGCGGACGAUUAGAUCUUGCGGAGCAACUGUUCGUCAGAUUGUCUCAGAAAGAUGUGCUCUGCUACAACGCCAUGAUUCGGGGACUUGCGACUAACGGGCGUGGUCACCAGGCAGUUGAACUGUUCCAUAGGAUGACGAGCGAGGGGGUGGGGGUUGACGAGGUGACAUUUGUAGUUGUCAUGAGCGCUUGUGCGCAUGCAGGGUUGGUCGAUGAGGGGCAGAGAUUGUUCGACGAAAUGCAAGAGGAUUUCGGAAUCAAGCCACAGAUGGAGCAUUAUGGAUGUUUGGUGGAUCUUUUGGGCCGAUCUGGACAGCUUGAGGAGGCCGAGCAGGUCAUUCAAUCCAUGCCUAUGAAGCCAAAUGCGAUCCUUUACAGGUCAUUGUUAACAGCUUGUGGAAUUCAUAAUAACUUGGAGAUCGGAGAGCGUACGGUUGCACAGCUGAUACAUUCGGAGCCUGAGCAUGGUGGUAACUACGUUUUAUUGUCAAACAUGUUUGCCAAGAUUUGUCGAUGGGACGGUGUUAUGCAGGUGAGAAAGGUGAUGAAGGAGAAGGGUAUUGAUAAAACACCUGGUUCUAGUUUAGUCGAGGUUGAGGGAUCCAUGCACGAGUUCUUGAUGGGAGACAGAACUCACCCUCUUCUGAAGGAGAUCUACAAGAUGCUCGACGAAAUGGACAGAAGAUUGCAUGAGUUUGGAUACAUGCCAAGAACAAAGGAAGUGUUGUUUGAUGUUGAAGAGGAGGAUAAGGAAGAUGCUCUCUCCUACCACAGUGAGAGGCUGGCUAUUGCCUUUGCUCUCCUUACAUCCGAUCCGAGUGUUCCUAUCAGAAUUAUGAAGAAUUUGAGAGUCUGUGGUGACUGCCACUUGAGUACAAAGCUCAUAUCUGGGAUCUACAUGAGGGAAAUAAUUGUGCGAGAUCGUAGCCGCUUUCACCAUUUCAGGAACUGGACAUGUUCUUGCUCAGAUUAUUGGUAAACUUUUCUUCAUAUCAAUCAGGAGAAAAGGGAGAUUGAAGAAAGUAAUGGAAACCGAAAUUGGGCUAACGAGGAGGCUUUGGAUGAGGUCAAAAAAGAAGCAAAACUAAAACAAGGCCUCCUUUCAUCCUCAGCGUGAGGGACAGCACGUGCUCGGGGGUCUUCUCCUUCCCCACCACGUCGAUCUCGAACCUUUCCACCACGCAGGCUACGAUGGACUUCAUCUGUACAUACGCCAUCUCCUUCCCCAGACACAUCCUUGGGCCUGCAUGGAACACCGGGAAUCGGAACGGGCUUUCGGGUCUAAAGACUCCGUUCUCCAGCCACCUCUCCGGCUUGUACUCGGUGCAGUCUCGCCCCCAUAUGUCCUCCAACCUCCCCAUGGCGUAAGCGCUGUAAGUCACAAACCAUCCUUUGCCCACGAAGGUCCCGUCGGGCAUGAUGUCGUCUUCCAGGCAUGACUGUGUGUCGAUCGGUACCGGAGGAUACAAUCUCAUCGACUCCGUCACCGCGGCGUGGAGUAUCUUCUUCUCCACGUCGGGCCUCGUCGACAGGAUCCAGAAGAACCAUGUCAGGGCCGAUGAUGUCGUCUCCCUGCCUGCCACGAGGAAGUUUGUGACGAUGUCUCGCAGGAACUCCUCCGAGUUGUUCUUGUUGGAGGCGAAUCGAGAGAGGAGGUCGUGGUGUUCGUCCAGCUCUGAGGCUUUCUCCUUCCUUGCUCGAAUGAUCCGCAUGGCGUAACCGUGCACGACCGCGAGCAGUUCUCUCAGCCGCCUCUCCGACCCGAUGUCGAGCAGCUUCUUCACCCGCCACGUGAUCUCGAAAGCAUCCAUGAACCGGCCAACGAUCAGGUUCUGCGCUUCCUCGAAGGCUCUCAUGAAGCUCGAGGAAGUGGCAUCGGCAACGGCGUCCUCCGCGAGGCACGCGGGGUCUUCGUCGAAGGCGACCUUGCAGAUGCUGUCAAAGGCGAAGCGCUCCAAGACGCUCUGCAGAUCCAUCGUCUCGCCCUUCUCUCCCGCUCUCCUCAUCAGCGGCAGCAGCCUGUGGGCAAUCUCCGACUGCAUGGUGUCCACCAUGAAGUUGCGAAGGGAGCGCUUGCUGAACUCGUAGCUCGCCUGCUUGCGCUGCCCCUUCCACUCUUCGCCGUCCGAGUUGAAGAUGCCAUGGCCGAGGAAGUCCACCAGCAUGCGGAAGGAGCGCUCGCCCUUGGGGUAGUUCUCGAAGUUGGACUUGAGCACGUGUUCGACGUUGGAGGGGUUGGCGGUGAUGACACCUCCGACCUGCCCCGGGCUCCGGAAGGUCAUCGAGUGGGUGGGGCUGUGGACGAGGACGUCGGUGAUCCAGUCGAGAAAUCGGUGCCGGUUUUUGAGGAACUGGGGAAGGAGACCGAGCAAGAGGUAGGGCUUGAGGCCAGUGCAUCUGCUUUGCUCUGACCAGCUCCUGUAGAGGAAGAAGAGGCAGAGGGAGAGAGGCAAGAGGAGGAAGCAGACUAGCUGUGGGGAAGAUAGCUCCAUAAGACCUGGUAAAUGUCUUGUGUCAGACUGCUGGCUUCAAUGGCUUUUAUGGACGUCAAACUUGGUGGAUAGAGCAAGAAGAGGACUGCACCAAUAAACAAAUGGUGGUGAUUGAAGUCUUCUGGCGCCACAUGCCCUGCUUUCUUGGUGACCAAGAGGCAUGCUUUCAAAGUAUGGCUACUAAGUAUAGGAAGCUUUCAGGUAGUGUUAAUAUCAAACCAAGAUUCUCAUCUUCCAAACCAUGUGCGUUGUUUUUGUAGUUUUCUGUGUUCAUCUUGUGAGAGGAAUGUGACUGUGAGAUGACCAGUUUCACUCUA